AUGCUUCUAGAUGCUCAACCCGUCUCUAGCGAGCCUUCGAACUCGCCUCUCGAUGGCCCCGGACCCGAACAGAUCUCCCCACCUGUGACCAAUGUGCGACCGCAACUUGCUGCCCCAAUUCAUUCCCGGGAGACUUCGGUGACAAGAGGAAGACCUCAACAGCUCAAUACACAGACAUAUGGCUCCAACUUUGUGCCCUCAUCUCACGCAGGUUCCGUACAGCCGCACGGAACAGAAUCGGGUUUGAGCUCAAGAGGUGGUCCCACCGUUGACACCGGCCUUCAAAGACGGACCUCAAACGGUUAUGGCCAUCACCGCCAGACAUCUGUCAUACAUGGACUACAGCAUUCAAGGAGCCCCAGCUUCAAUUCUCCCUCCACGGGGAGCCCUCUGACCCCAGAUCCUAUGCUCGGUGCUCCUGCAUAUGCAAGACAUCCUCAUGCAACCCGGCGUGGCCAAUAUUCUACCGCAGAUACUGCUUCUGCUUUCACCAGUCCCGUCUCGCCAUUCCAGGGUCACGCACCAGACCAUUCCAUCAAUUCUCUCAUAGACGGUCCUGGUUCACUGCAAGAUCAAGGUUCUUCACAGCCCAGGAGGCGGAGAGAGCCCUCGAGAACGAGAAGAGGCCAUGCCUAUCACUCGUCCAGUAUCCACCAACAAAAUGAACCACGUACUCCCGGCGAAUAUGCGCUGCACCAUCUUUUCCAUGCCUUUGUGUUGCGAGCUGAUCAGAGGAUCAAUCACUGCCUCACGCUUCUGGACAAUUCUGUCGCGCCGGUCGAGCAGGCUUGUGCUCCAGGGGUCGAUGCAGGAUUUGAUCAGCUGAUAUCUUCGCUCGGUCACAUAUCUCGUCAAGAGCCCAAGCCGCUUGUGGAUAGUUUGAUGCUCUGGCGGAAAAGCAAGGGCGAUGCUGCUGCCAACUUAAAGAAACAGGUCUAUCAGCAGAGACUUCAAAUGGGUGGGACAACGUCGUCUCUCCCGAUUUCACUGCCUCGUCGGCAUACCGAGCCUCUGCAAGGCCCAGACGAACCGGGUGUGCCUCAAAUCAACUCGGACAACCCGUCCAUAGAAGACACUCUCACGCGGGAGUACGCUCUCGCGGACCGACGAGCAACCAUAUCUGUCUACAUCCUAUGUCGGGUCUUGAUUGCUAUUUUUGAGCAGAGCAAUUUGGCUGCCAUAACUCAGGAUUUGGCCAAUAAGCUUGAAGACAUCGUGUUUACCCAGAUGAGAGACGUUGAGCCCGGCCAAAUUUUGACGUCGAGAAUUCGGCUUGCGAACUGGAGAAUAUAUGGCGAGGUACUGGGCCACAUGAGUCGCCUUGAUUUUGUCAACGUGACGUUUCGUUUUACACAACAGCUCGACCUGUGGCAGCAAGAGUUUGCAAACAGCUCAGGCACGGCCGCUGCUAGAGAUAUCGAAUCUCGACUCGAGUUGCUUCUCCUGGGCAUGAGGCACCUGCACCUUACCGCUACAAGAGAGACUGUUUACCCAGUUGCCGAAUUUCUAAAAACCCUUGCGAAUCUAUUUGCCGACGCACACGGGCCUCGGGUGAAGCAGGCGUACUGUCAGCUCUUUGAGCGCCUGUUGACGGCAGUUGCAAGCAACCCAGAGUGCUUUCAGGGUGUUCCAAAAUGGAGGGAUUUUAUCGACACCAUAAACUCGCGGCUAGGAAACAUGUUGGUCAAAGUCCGUCAUUGGAACACCGUCUUUCCUGUGACAAUUUUGUUGCUCUGCGUUUCUCCCCUGGAUGUUUUCUCCGCGCAGUGGCUUCCAAUGGUCUCGAAUCUGGCACCGAAACUGAAAGACCGGUCGGCACGUGGCUUAGUCUUGCAAGCUAUAUGUCAAUUGGUUUGGACAUAUCUUAGUCGAGUCAGUGAAUCGGCUCAAGUCAAGCUUCGAAAAUUGGACGAAAUCGCCAAAAUCGCCAUCCCACAAGGACGAAAGACCCAUGUGGUCUCGGAGCCAUCUGUAUCAAAUCCCCUGGUACAGUUGGUCAGAAUCAUUGGGUUCGCCGCCCAGGAUAUGUGUUUUCGGUCAAUCAUCUUUCCUUUGGUACACUAUGACCUUUUCCAAUCCAAUCGAAGUCUCAAGAUUGAAAACAUGGAACCAGAACGGAUGGUCAUCGGUAUUCGAGCCUUCCUUGCCAUUAUGUCAGACCUAGAGGAUGGAAGUAUGAAAAGUCCCCCUUUCCCUACUUUCAGCGUUCAACCUCCGAGCUUUGAGGGUCUCCCAUCUUCACCUAUGAGUAUGAGAACCAGUCUGGGUAUUGACUCCCCAAUCCGAUCGACUUUUGAAGAGGAAAACCCCUCGUCACUGCCCGUCAACGCCGCUCAACUAGAGGAGAAUGCGAGGCAGUACUACCUGCAAUUUUGCCAGAUCCUAGGGAAGAUCACUCUCCUUUGCGACAAUACAUUCGGUGGCCAAGCCACUCUGAAUGAAAAGUUUGGCUCUUCGAACUUGACGCCGAAAACUCCACUGGUUGAUGCCUUCACCCUGGCUCGCAAUCAGGACGGCACCGCCACCGACCAGAGACAGCUGUAUUAUGAACUCCUCCACGUCGCCAUCCAAGCUCUUCCUCGUUGCUUCACUGACCACAUUCCGUUGAAUCCCUUGAUCAACCUUUUAUGCACUGGGUCUGCCCAUGUACAAACCAAUAUUGCGGUCUCCGCGACUCGGUCAUUGAAAGCCAUCGCCAGACAAGGCCACGCACAAUCAGUGGCAAUUGCCUUCCCACGGUUUAUCUUUCAUUAUGACACACAAUACUCUACGAUGUCAGACGAAGGCCGUCUUGGACCUGCUCACAUUGAAUCCACCUUGACUCUGUAUCUUGAACUGCUUCAAAUAUGGACGGAACAACUCAAGCAAAAGGCCACGGCCAAUUCGCCCGAAAUCAGGGAUCGUGCAGGCCCGAAUUCUGCUAGAGCGCUGCAAAUGGAGCUUACCAAUGUCAUCCCCCACGUGGAUGAGAUUGAAGCUUAUGGAUUGUUUUUCUUGUGUUCACAGUCCCGACGGGUCCGGGCAUUUGCCAUCAGGGUCCUUCGUCUUGUCCUUCAGUUCGACAAGGUGUUAGGUCAGGAUGAACCAUCGAGAAUCAUCAAGCUGCUGGAGGGUCAGUCAUCCAAGAUCUUGGAUUUGCAGGAUGAUGCUCUCAACGUUGCCGAGCGGAGCCGCUUGCAAAAGGAUAAGCGCGUCAGCUCUGGCCAAAGCACAUUGAUCGAAAUCUGCAGCUCUGAGGUAUCAUACGACUCGACGCUUUGGUUCAAAGCAUUCCCCAAUCUGAUUCGUGUCGUGUUCGAUGCAUGCCCAAACGCGAUUGCUCUCUGUCGAGGAACAGUCACCGACAGAUUAAUGAUGAUGCAAAGCGACAUAGAGGGCUUCUCAGAAACUGUCAUGGGCAACCCGUCCACGUACGAGUACCGUAUCCAAGGACGCAGUUCUGCGACUUCUGCAGAAGUCCUAUUCGAUCAGUGGAAACUAUACCUCAUUAUGGCCUGUGUCACACUCAGUUCCCCGGGCGGACAGUCUCAGAGUCAGUUGGCUGAUGCCGCCCAUGCACGAAAGACUUCCAAGGGUGCCACUCCCGCACAAGACAAGCUAGGCUCUGCCCGUGCACUAUUCUCGGCGAUCAUUCCGAUGCUCGGAGCUGCACCUCAUGCCAUUCGUGAUGCCGUGGUUGCGGCUCUCGGUUCUAUCAACCGCAAACUGUACCGCAUAUUACUUGAAUCUCUCCAGUACGCGGUCAUUAAAUGUAAUGAUGAGGCAAAGGCCAGGAUCAAUCAUCAACGGACUCCGAGCAGUCCACAGCGAUCUCAGCAGACGGAACGACUUCGCACAGAAGUCACCCAUGUUUACAAGCUCACGGCACAUUUCCUCAGAUAUGAGGAUAUCUACAACGACGAGUGGAUCUUACAUAAUCUGGUCACUUACACCAGAGACUUGAGGAUAUUCCUCAGUGACACUGAUGUGCAGAAUGACUGGCGAUUUCAAAAACUGAGAUGUCACUUUUGCGGGUUGGUGGAGGAAGUCUUCGAAGGCGUCAACCGCUCCAAGGCUCCAGGUCGUUGGAUGCCUUUCGAGUCAAGGAAAUCCGCCUUUGCUUUAAUGGAAGAUUGGUGCGGCUACUCAGCUGAGCAGAACCUGUUCGACCCGAACCAGGGCCGUGGCAGAGAUGUACAAACACGCAUAAAUGCCAACGCUACCAUGGAAAAGGAGAAGAACAAUUUGCGGGUCGCGGCCUUGAGUGCCAUGGCAACUCUCUGCGCCGGACCGAUCAGCAUCAAGACUGACAGCAAUUCCAUCUUGUCGUUCAAUGUGCAACGGAUGCUCUCAUGGAUUGAUACGAUUUUCGCCACCAAUAACCACAAAAUGCACAACAUUGGCCGCCGAGCCCUCAAACAGUUACUGAUCAAUAACCCGGAUCACCUUCUCCUGAUCGAGCAUGUAAUAGAGCAAUGCUAUAGGACCGAGUCUGCGACAAGUUUGGAAAGUUAUUUUGGCGUGGUAUGCGACGUUCUCAUCGAGCAGCCCGACUAUCCACUUCCAUUUUGGAAAAUUCUCAGCAUUAUUGUUUUCACAUUGGGCAACGAAAAUCGUGAAAUCAGAAUGAAAUCGGCCAAUCUCAUACGCACUUUGGAUGAGCGACAGCAUAAGAGUUCGAACCUCCAGGAAUUCGACAUCAGUAUUUCCGACAAGACACGUGCUGUGUACAAAUUGGCACAAUUCGAGUACUCCAAGCGACUGUCCAAGGCGAAUUCAGAAGUUGCUUUUAUGAUCUUCUCGGAGUUUUCUCUACACUACAAAUCUGCCCGGAACGAUCACCAGCGCAACAUGGUCGCGGCCAUCUUGCCAUGGUUGCAAACGCUCGAACUCCAAGUUGAUCCUGGCACGGGAGGGCCAACGGCGAUUUCGUAUAUGCUUCUGGCAAACAUGUUCGAAAUCACCAUCUGCUCAAGCAGUGCAAUGCAUAAUGAGGUACAAGCCCUUUGGCAAGCUCUGGCCACGGGACCGCAUGCAGGCAAUGUCCAGCUCAUUCUCGACUUUAUUAUUUACCUCUCGCUUGACCGAAGGGAUCAGAAUUUCGUGGAGUACGCAAAGCAAAUUGUUGUAUACCUAUCAUCCACUCCUGCCGGUUCUCGGGUGCUGGAAUUCUUCAUGCUACAACUCACGCCGAAGAACAUGGUCAACGAUAAAAAGCAUGCUGAUGUUAUGAUCCCUGAUACAAGAAAUCUCCCAUACGUUGCAGACUUGGGUUCUUUGUUACCUAUGGGCAACAAACAGGCUGGACUUUCAUUGGGUCAGGUAUCCUUGAUUUUCUUGGUCGAUUUGAUGGUUCCGCCAGUGACCCUCGCCAAAGAUGAAGCCAUCAAGCUCAUGCAUGCAGUACUCAUACUGUGGGAUCACUAUACCACUUCGGUCCAAGAACAAGCACGGGAAAUGUUGGUCCAUCUAAUUCACGAAUUGGUGACCACUAAGAUUGAACCUCAAAUCCUCACGUCCGCCAAAUCACAAAUAGAAAGCCUGGUCGAAGCCGUGCGCACGAACAACUCCCGCGUAAGCUGGUCUUAUGAUGAAAACACGAGAAAAGAUGAAGAUGAUGGUGGGAGCCGCGUUCCACCAGCAAUGUCUGUCCUGACUUCAGAGAUUGUUAGCAUUUUCAAUCUCGCCUUCGAGAACUUCAGCGACACCUGGGCAAAAGAGGCUCUCCACUGGGCAUCUAUUUGUCCAGUCCGGCAUUUAGCAUGCCGGUCCUUCCAAGUAUUCCGCUGCAUCUCGGUUAGUCUGGAUGCCAGAAUGCUUGCCGACAUGCUUGCCCGCCUAUCCAACACAAUCGCUGAUGAACAAACAGACUAUCAGACCUUUUCGAUGGAAAUUUUGACCACGCUCAAAGUCAUUAUUGGUGCUUUGGAACCCAAAAAUCUAAUGCGAUAUCCUCAGCUGUUCUGGACCACCUGCGCCUGUCUCAAUACCAUCCACGAGAGAGAGUUUUAUGAGACACUGGGGAUGCUCGAGAAGUUCGUCGAGAAACUUGAUCUGUCUGCUCCGGAAGUCACAGAAGCCAUGUUGAAGGGUCAACCGGGCAAAUGGGAAGGCGGCUUUGAAGGACUCCAGCCAUUACUGUACAAAGGGCUCAAGUCCGCUGACAGUUUGGACAAGACUCUCCUGGUUCUACACAAGCUUUCCAACAUCCCAAACUGCGAAUUGGUUGGAAAUGAUGAUCGCCUUCUUUACUGUGUCCUGGCCAACCUACCUCGAUUUCUUCAAAGCUUUGAGCUUGAUUCUGUGGACGCUGCAUCAAUCACAUGCGCUGAGAGACUUGCACAGGUGGCGAAUGCGGAAGGGCAUGAGCUUUUAUCCGCUUGCCUGUUGCGAUUCGCGAACAAGGAAUGGGCAACAAGUCGAGAGAUGCUAACCACGGUCAUUCAGGCCCUGAGGGCUUCUUAUUUCCCAGCCAAUGACGCUCAAAGCCUGAUCUUCGUGAUCGGUCUGCUGACGAAUAAGACGCCUUGGUUCAGAGUCAAGCUUAUGGACAUACUCUGCGAAUUGAUUCCACUGGUUAAUAUGAAAAGCCCGGCCAUUACAACUCACGGACCGGAUCUCAUUUCACCGCUUCUGCGGCUUUUGCAGACCGAGCACUGUGCCAAAGCUCUGGAGGUCAUGGAUUAUAUUAUGGAACUUGCAGCAACCCCGAUGGAAAAGCAUCAUAUGCGCAUGAGCAUGGCCUCAGGUUCUGCAAAAGCGAUUCGAAAAGAGUACGAACGGACUCAGAGUCUUUAUGGAAUCCCACAAUCGUCAGGCUGGUCGAUUCCGAUGCCUGCAAUCUAUUCCAGCAUGACCAGACACAACGUUCAUGCUGUCUUCUACACGUGUGGAGAUUCUGAUUCACGCAAGGAGCAAGAAACCACCACCCCUGAAGUCGAGUUCCAGGGAGAUGACGGUUACACCGACUCGUAUUUCCCGCCGCAGAGCAGGGCUGAAACCGUUAGAUCAAUGGAGGCUGCAGCAGACACCAAUGUCAGCGACCUUGUCAACACUCUUGACAGUCUGGACGAUUUCUUCGAUGAUAUGGAUGGGGACAAUGUUCUCACUCCGAUAAGUACGAGCCAUCUGGGAUCUAUUAUGACCAUUCCCACUCUCACGGAGCAAAGUACAGCGCUCUAUGAUGAACAAACAGCCCCAAUCUUACGCCAGAGUCUUGCACGAUCUUCAUCUAUGACUGACGUACAGGAUGGUUUUACGGAGACUGGUCCACUUCCUGGUAUGACCCAUCGUCCUCAGCCAAGUCUGUCUUCUUCUAAUUACACCGGCACGGCACAAGCAAAUUUCUCAUCGAUCGACGAGAUCGGAGCACCAGGACCAUCAAUGGUGAGCACCGCAAAGAAGCCUGUUCUUCAAACUGCUAUCAGUCCAAUCAAUCACCCUAGACCGGGAUUACAUGCCAGGUCCAUCACAUCACCUGCAAAUCAAUUCCCGGUUUCGCAACCCACGUCGAAUGCCUUCGCCCCGAUGCCUGCCGGUGGGUCUCUCAGAUCUCAAGAUGAUUAUGCAGACCAAUACGAUGAAGCCAUACUUUCAGACGGCGAGAACAGCCCCUUUCCUUCACUGAGUAUGAACACGUCCGGUGCCAACAAACCCUUAUCGGGCCCAGGGCCUUCAGAGUAUCAAACAACUCCAACUUCUGCAACAGAGACUGGAGGCGCGUUUACCUUACAAGGAAUGCGGCGGGGUAUGCGUCGACUCACAGGCGGAAAGAGUGAGAGUCAAAAGGAAAAAGAGAAAGCAAGGGAUAUUGCCCGCUUACGUGGACAACCUGGAGGAUACAAUCAAGUGACUGGGGCAACCCAAAGCCCUAAAGUGCCCAAAGUUCCCUUGGAAUACCUCAAUGCCGGAAACAUGACCGGAGUCAGUCCUACCACAAGCCCAGGACUUUGA